AGCAGAAUAACGACGAUGGAAGUGAGCUUGUUCACAGCAGUCGCCAUCGGUUCCGUCAUCUUACUGAUAUAUCACUAUGUUUCGAAAAAGUAUGAAUACUUUCUAUCGAAGCCGAUUCCGUGCAUCAAGCCAACGUUCUUCCUGGGAAGCAGUGGACCGGUAAUGUUCCAAACGAAAACUUUAAUGUCCUUCGUCCAAGAGCUGUAUAAUACCUACCCGGAGAGCAAGGUAGUUGGUUACUAUGAAGUAAUGAAACCGGUUUUUAUGUUGCGUGAUGCGAGCGUAAUUAAAAAAAUAACCACCAAAGAUUUCGACUUCUUUACGGAUCAUAUUCAGUCGUUUUUCAACGCAUCGUCCGACGGCGGGGUCAAUGAGGGGAACCUGUUCGGUAACUCGCUGUUUGCGCUACGUGGCCAAAAGUGGAGAGACAUGCGGUCGACGCUGAGUCCGGCGUUCACCGGGAGUAAGAUGCGCCAUAUGUUCGAACUGGUGGCCGAGUGUGCCCAGUCAAUGGUCGAUUUCUUCCGUUCGGAAGCGAAAGCUGGAAAAAGGUUGGAGUACGAAAUGAAGGAUGUGUUUUCACGAUUUGGCAAUGAUGUUAUAGCGACGGUUGCGUUCGGGAUAAAGGUGGAUUCUUUGAAGAAUCGUGAGAAUGAGUUCUACGUGAAAGGAAAACAGAUGCUUAAUUUUCAAUCGUUUAAAGUUCAUAUGAAGCUCCUGCUGUUGGAGUGCAUGCCUGGGUUGAUGCAAAAAUUGGGAAUAGACUUUUUUGAUACCAAUAUGACGGACUAUUUCAGGAACAUGGUUGUUGAUAAUAUGAAACAGCGAGAAGUACAUGGGAUCGUUCGCAAUGAUAUGAUCCAUUUGCUGAUGGAAGUUCGGAAAGGUGCAUUGAAACAUCUAGAAGACGAAGCGGAUCAGAAAGACGCAGGAUUUGCAACCGUUGAAGAGUCCAGUGUUGGUAAAACAACACACUCUCGAAUAUGGACCGAGAACGAAUUGAUCGCGCAAUGUUUCCUAUUUUUCCUAGCAGGAUUCGAUACCGUCUCUACCGCUAUGACCUUUUUAACCUAUGAGCUAACCGUCAACCCAGACGUUCAGAAUCGUUUGCACGAAGAAAUCGUCCAAACCGAUCAAUCUCUAAACGGCACCUCUCUAAGUUACGAAGUCCUUCAAAAAAUGGAAUAUAUGGAUAUGGUAGUUUCGGAAGCCCUUCGCAAAUGGCCGCCAGGAGUACUGACUGAUCGGAUUUGCACUAAAGACUACGAGUAUGACGACGGCGCUGGAACCCGCUUCGUCAUCGAGAAAAAUCAAACAAUCACAAUCCCUACGAUCGCUAUUCAUCAUGAUCCAAAGUACUAUCCGAAUCCGGAGAAAUUCGAUCCGGAACGAUUCAAUAAGAUAAACAGCUCGAAGAUCGAUGCCGGUGCCUAUAUACCCUUUGGAGCAGGUCCGAGAAGUUGCAUUGGUUCCCGGUUGGCACUGAUGGAGGUGAAACUAGUCGCCUACUAUCUACUGAAGGGCUUUAGUCUGGAGCCAACCGAGAAGACGCAAAUACCGCUGCAAUUAUCGAAAAAUCUGUUCGGAAUCGAAGCGGAAAAAGGCGUGUGGAUUGAAGUCAAACCGAGGAGGGAUGGAUGAGGUUAGAAAACAGAUUUCAGUGAUAAGAGCUUGAUUUGAAGGGGUUUGUGCAUUGUAAACGAACACUGACCGACACAAUUUGUUAUCUUGCUGAGCGUUGACGGAUUGAAACGUAGGCUUAGACAAACCUAUUGUUGUUUUCGGUAUAGCCAAGAUAAAAUUUCAACCGUUAUCGACAGAGGCAAUGAACAGCAAGAAGCGCGUUCAAGAUAGUAACUGAGCUUUUUUACAAGCCAUGGCAAUUUCGACUUGUUACAUGUUAGUGUACACAAGUUAAAAUUCAAUAAAAAAAACUAAUGCAAAUUAUUUGUCUACUU